AUGUCGAUUGGCGUACCGAUUAAAAUCUUACAUGAAGCAGAAGGUCAUGUAAUUACAAUUGAGUCUGUAACAUCCGAGGUUUAUCGUGGUAAAUUAAUCGAAGCUGAAGAUAAUAUGAAUUGUCAAUUGUCGAAUGUGACCGUAACUUAUCGUGAUGGACGACAAGCUCAACUUGAAUAUAUUUACGUUCGGGGAUCGAAAAUUCGCUUCAUGAUCUUUCCUGAUAUGCUCAAGAAUGCACCAAUGUUUAAAAACAUGCGUGGUGUCAAAGGUGGUGCUGGUCGUGGUAAAUCCGCCAUUUUACGUGCACAAAUUGCACGCGGACGAGGUGUACGCGGUCGACCACCGAUCAAUUCGUUUGUUGGUCAACCCGGUGGUCGUGGUGCUGGAGCACCAGGUGGCGAUCGCGGUGGCUUCGGCGGUGGACGUGGUCGAGGUGAUCGUUAA